GGUGUUGUGUCAUCGAUGGAAAGGAUGAGCUCUCGCAUCUCUAGUGAUGACCGUUACUUUAUCAAUGACUUUCCAAAGGAUGUGACGGAGGAUGGCAGCCAGGUCUUAGAUGUGGACAAGAAAAGACUGUCCAAGGAAUACCUGGAGCAGUCUCAGAAGAACCUGGAGGUACUGCUAAAGACCCUCGAUGUUGGUGUGGCCAAAGGGGAUGGGCGGCAUGACUACUCCGUUUACACGGGCACCAGCGGGUACAGCCUCCUCUACCUGCACCUGGCCCAGCGCAGGGGUGAUGAUGCCUACCUGAAGAAAGCCUCAAGCAUACUGAAGAAUGCUCUGAACAGUCUGUCAGGCCGGCGUCAUUCUUUCAUCUGUGGCGACACGGGGCCCUUGGUGUUGGCAGCCAUGCUGUACCACCGGGAGGGUGACACCGGCAUGGUGAAGAACUGCAUCUCACGCAUCAAGGACAUGAAGGAUCACGUCUUGAACCCCUCAAACGGCCUUCCAGAUGAGAUGUUGUAUGGCCGUGCUGGCUACCUGUACGCCUUGCUCCUGCUACAGAAGGAGAUUGGACGCACAGCAGUAGAAGAUUCCCUGGUGCGUGCUGUGGUGGCUGCCACUGAUUCUGGCCGCUCCAUGGCCCAGAGGAGAAAGAGCAAGAUGCCCCUUAUGUACCAGUGGCAUGAGAAAGACUACCUUGGUGCUGCUCAUGGUACUGCUGGCAUCUUGUUUAUGCUAAUGCAGGCAAAAGAACACUUGAUAUCAGAAGAGCUUGAGGAGCUAGUGAGGCCAACAGUGGACGGCCUUGCUACUCUGGUCUUCAGCUCCGGCAACUUUCCCUCCUCCCUGGGCAACGUGCGUGACCGUCUGGUGCAGUGGUGUCAUGGGGCACCAGGCUCAGUUUAUCUCUUUGGGAAGGCAUACCAGGUCUUUGGGAAUAAAAGCUACUUGGAGGAAGCCAAGAGAGCGGGGGAGUGUGUGUGGGAUCGAGGCAUCCUGAAGAAGGGUUACGGUAUCUGUCAUGGCACAGCUGGCAAUGGAUAUUCGCUGCUCUACUUGUAUCAGGUGACCCAUGAACCCAAAUACCUGUACCAGGCUGCCCAGUUUGGCCUGUGGUGCCAAAAGUACGGGACGCAUGGCUGCCGCACUGCUGACCGUCCUCUGUCACUAUUUGAAGGUCUGGCCGGCAUGCUGCAUUACCUUAUUGAUCUUGAGGAUCCUGAAAAUGCUCACUUCCCGGCCUUUGCGUUGGAGUGAGGUAUACAAAAAUUUGCUGCUCAUUCUUAGAGUCAACGUAGUAUAGAAGGAAGGUGUUAUAAAGUUUUCUUUGCUGCUCAUUCUUAGAGUCAACGUAUAGAAGGAAGGUGUUAUAAAGUUUUCUCACAUCAUAUGAUUUAGUAUUGCCAAAGAAAAUUCUAGAAGCAGGAAAAUGAUUGUUAUGAUUUAAGGGUAAAGAAUCGAGGUACUUCAUAUUUCUCUUUAUUGUAUGAACACACUAAAAUGCUUAACAUUUCAUUGAUCUCAUUUUGUUUGUAGGAUCUUUUUUUACUUAUUAUUGUAACAUGCAUGUAUACUUUUUCUGCAGCAGUAAAAUAAAUAACACACACACGCACACUUGCUGCUUAUGGCAAGUCACAUUAUGCAAUCUAAUGUAUGAAAUGUAAUGAUGGUACAUGUUUAUGUGUGUGAAAAUAUUCAAUUACAUUCUAAUAUAGAGAAAUGAUUUAAAUUUAUAUAAUGCAGAUAUAUGCACAAUUUAUAAAUGUGUGUUACACAAAAAGGUUUGUUUGUUGGUUGAAAGCAGUGGUGACCUGAGAGAGAGAGAUGAAACUUUUUGUGUAACACAUUCAUAAUUAAGUCCAUAUCUAUGUUAUAUAUUUCUACAAUUUUCCUAAUUGAGAAUGUAAAUGAAUCUAUUUUCACACACACACUCAUUACAUUUCAUGCAAUAGAUGCAUAACGUGACCAAGCAGUGGAUGUCUGCUUGUGUGAGAGGGGGCUGUAUCUAUUUGUACCACCAAACAGGAUGUUAAGCUAUCUCCUCUCUAACCCCUCACCUCAUCCCAUUCUCUCUCCAAACCCCCUGCAAUUCUCUUUCCUCUCUCUAACCCCCACCAUUCUCUCUCCUCUCUCUGACCCCCCUUCCAGUCUCUCUAACCCCAAACCCUCUCUCUCUCAGUCUCUCUCCCCAAACCCCUCUCUCUCUCUCUCUCUCCUCUCUCUCCCUCUCUCUCCCUCUCCUCUCCUCUCUCUCUCUCCCUCUCUCUCUCUCUCUCUCUCCUCCUCCUCCUCUCUCU